AGAGUGCAUGGCGGGGAUUUCUAAAUCAAUUUUAACAUAAAAAUAAAAUAAUUUUAUUCAGUUUUCAAAAAAAUAUAUAUGUAUAUAAAAUUUUAUUACAACACGAUAGCCAAGCCUCGGUCAGUUAGCUCUUACGGAAUGCUCUAUAAACUAACCGCCCUCACACUUUUCCUUGCAUACCUAGUGAUUUCUGCUCAGCCUGCUUUUGGUUUUGCUUCCAAGAACUUUUGUGAACUGAAUUGCGGCAAUCGUUCGCACACCCUUUGUGGAACGGCUAACAACAUCGCCUGCAGCUACCGGAGGAAUCGAGUCUUUGAUAAUAAGGAAUUAAGGGAUAUGGGCUUACGAGAUCAGCUCAUCAUCGCACACAAUGGCUUGCGCCAACGCAUUGCACAACGGAUGCAUGUCGGCAAUAUGGUUUUGGUCAAAUGGAGUGAACAGUUAACACAAAUGGCCACUAAUUGGGCGCAACUCUGUCGACCUUACGUGGAUGAUGAAUGUACUCAUAUGUCGAAGCAACUGAACUUGAGAACUUUAAUGAAUAUCACAAAUGGAGAUCAAGUGGAAGGCAUGUAUGUAGCUAUGAACCGUUUUUGCAUUAACGCACUUUAUUUGCCACGUGAGCUAAUAGAAAUGGCAUUCCAUUUUUGGUAUUUCGAAAAAGACUACAUGAAUGAACCGACAUUUAAAGCGUAUGAAGAAUUGUUGUUGGGAUUUCUAAGCGGUGAUAAUAAUUUUACACAUUUGGCUUAUCCAUUGGUUAGGCGAUUUGGUUGCAGUGUUGCCAGUUAUGACAACGUUUUCUGCAUAUUUUGCUUUUAUGAUCCCUAUCACAGACAUUCCAAAGGUAUUGUGUAUAUUCAUGGCAAACAAACAGCACAUUGCCCGCCGUCGCAUCCCAUUGCAGACCUGGUCUUUCCUUCAUUGUGCACACGAAAUCUUUUCAUUGAUGCUGAUUUACUGAACCAAGUCUCAAGAGAAAGUGAAAUUUCCGCUAGUUUUGUGAUUUUUAUUUUACUUCGUUUUGUUUUUCUAGGUGAUUAAAUAUGACGUCAUUAAUA